UUUCUUUGACAGUUGUCUAAUCGUCAUUAGAGGUUAUGUCUCCUUGAAUAUUUUCAAAAUUCUGCUAUCAAUAAAACAAUCGGUAAAACAUGCGAUGCGUGCACAUCAAUAUCAGAAGAGCAACAUUUAUUCUGCUCUCAUUUUUGGUAAACAACGUGCAUCGAACUGAAAUGGCGGAAGAAUCCAAAACAGAAGCACCCACUGCAGAGAAUUUAAUAUCGAAAGGCAUACCGGACAUGGUACUUCACUGUCCAUCAAACUCGCAGUGCAAAGAUUUAAAUUACCCUUGCAUCAGCUGUACUUUCAAUUACUCUUGCAUUUAUGGCAAAGAUUCAAACGCAUCUUGCUCAGUUCUGCCCCAGGUGGUGUGCCUUGGUGACAGACAAUUUAAUAGGACUUUCAACUGCAGAUAUUGCUAUCAAACGCCUCAUUGGCAACACGACUGCGUACAAAAAGCUCAUUGUAGUUCUGCAAGUUCCCCACGAAAUACCUACAUUUCAAAUUGUACAGUAAAAAGUGAUAUUCUUUGUUUGGGCCGUAGAAGUUUCAACAAGAAUGUUAAGUGUAAUUGGACAAGGGGACAUUCUUGGUCUACUGCUUUAGCUUUGAGUAUCACACUGGGAGGAUUUGGAGCUGAUAGGUUUUACUUAGGACAAUGGCAAGAGGGAAUUGGGAAGUUAUUUAGUUUUGGUGGAUUGGGAGUUUGGACAAUUAUAGAUGUUAUAUUAAUAUCUUUACAUUAUUUGGGACCUUCUGAUGGAUCCUUGUACAUUUGAAGUUUAUAUUUACUUUAUUUAUUUAAAAUGUGAUAAUAAUUUUAUAUGUUAAGAAACCAAGUUAACUGAAGUUUUUAAUGUUAUUUGAAUAAGACUUAUUAAUUGAAAUUGAUAUUUGAAAAUCAAUAUUCAAUUUAAUUAUGUAGUUGUGCUUGUAACUAAUAUUUUUGUAAAAAGUAAUUUUAAUAAAAAAUACUUUAAG